AUGCCAAAGUCACUGAAAGUCAAUAACGUGGCCUCCCGCAUUGCGCUUGUCGAGUUCCUUGUUGAUAAGCGUGUGCGUUUUCUGGAGUACCUGAGUUCGCUGCAUCGGGGCGAGGCGCUGUGGAUGGGGACCGUACGGCUUACACGAGCGGAUGUUCUGCAUUGCUUCCGCGACCACAGCAAUCGCCAUAAGGAGGGUUACACCACUACCACGUACCAGUUGCCAUCCGCACAAGGGACUGCGAUGUCGCCCCCGUCGUCCUCAUCGUCCUUGUUGUUCACCAACGAUAAAUGUGUAGGGGAUCUCGUUGUUUCGGUAGGGCCCAUUCCUGGUGUCCCACAUACCGUGGAUGCAGCGUGGCUGUCAACCCGCAUGCCCUGCUACGUCUGUCUUGCCAUGUCCCUCGCGGACAUUUUGCAUAUUCCAUUAUCUGUGUGUGAAUUUGUGGAUUGCGUGUAUGCCAUGCUGCUGGAGAUGGCCGUCAGGUUUGGCUCUGGUGCCACCGCAAGGGCCUUUGCACGGCGAAACCUGCGUAGUUAUCGACAGCGGCAGCAGCUCCGUCAACACACCGCGUUGACUACGGACAGUGCGUCAGCAUUAGGUGCAGGCAUCAAUCAUAGCACCAGCAACUCGAGCACUAGCAGCGGUGGUGGUGGCCUGCUGGGGGCCAUGGGCAGCGCUGGCGGGGGUUGGUUCCUGUUUGGAGCCUCCGACGCCGACGCCCCUGUGAAGUACCUUUACCUUAAUCUCGAGCACCACGCCUACACGACACCGGAAGAGGUGCGUUACGAGGAGGUGAUUGACCCGCUGUUGUCCCUGCUAACCCUCACCUACCGGCGGCUGCGUGAUCACGGGGUGGCAAACAACGAGGAGAGUGUGAAGCGUGUUUUGUCUAUUGAUCGUCGUCUGCAGGACAUAUUUUUUUCCCCCAUCAGUAAAGAAUUGGGAAAAAUUGCGCGUGGCAAGCUGCUGCUGCAGACCUCGUUGCUCUCGCCAAGUGGCCUCUUUGCCAACCUUGGUAGCACGACGUGCAACAACACAUUGGGGCUUCUGCGUGACCUCCUCGGGCCUGCUGCAGGCGCAGUGACUGCGCCAACGGCGUCACUGCAGGGUGGCACGGCCACCGGCACCACAGGGACGGGUCUGCCUGACAUCUUCAUGGGCGACUGCGAGGAGGAAUUGGAGGAGGACGAAGAAGACGAGGAUGACGUGUAG